UGUCGUGAUAACAAGAAGAGUGUCGAAUUAAACGAGAAUAAUCGGUAAUAAAAGUGUUCGUUUUUCUACCAAUCCCGCCGCGUUGAAGUGUGUUACGAACUCCGAAACCGCCAAGGUGCUCCGCGCCAACAUUUUUGGUCCUGGUCGAGCCGGAUCAACCGCGAGUAGUAUCGAAAAUCGCGGUGAUUUGCAGUUCCGUCGCGAGCAUUAUCGGUGGUAAUACAUAGUACCAACAAAGUACGCAACAAUAUCGUUCAAUUGUCGGCGCGGGUUACCGAUCACAGUGCUGCUGUUGAUCGAGCCUGUGGAUCGACGCAUUUCGGGGAGUGUGAAAGAAAGCGCAUCGCAAUCGGCGUGAGUUAGCGACUACAGUGCUACAAAUUCAUAAGGGCCUGUGAGCUAAAGCUGCAGUGAGUGAAAAACUAUAAAACUAUAAGUGCGCGAAAGAUCCUUAAUUACAAGUGAUCUCGGAAGAUUGACCAGUGGAAGUUAUCGUUGAAUGGCGGUCGGAAUCGUCCCGACACAGUAAACGGACAAGCACGCCGUGACGCUGUCUGAGCGUGGCUUGGGUUCUUUGUGCGUCGCUGGACAAUACAGCAUUCAGCUUGGACGUUGAACCCAGAAAACCACUCUCGUCGCAGAUUAGGAUUUCUACAAACCACUGAAUAAAGCCAUUUCAACAUUGGUGCGGUUAGCACAAAAAGAAGUGUUCCCAAACGAUAUCGCAUCAGUAGCCUCCGAUGGGCAAGUGAAGUCGACUUCACCUUUGAAGAAUCUUGCGCCUGUUCGGCAUUCUACGUGUUGGUGGGCGUCUUAAAAAUGCGUUGAUUUCGGAGGACAGAAAGCAUCCAAUAAUCCUUCCGGCUCGUCACCCGUUGACUGAAGCUAUUAUGGAGCACUAUCAUCGCAAAUAUCUACACGCCGGACCACAAUUGCUUGUGGCAAGUGUCCGGGAGAAGUUCUGGCCGCUACGCAUCCGUAACUUGGCACGGAGUGUGGUACAUUCAUGCGUCAAUUGUUUUCGAUGUAAGCCUACUGUUCUGGAGCAACUCAUGGGAGAUUUGCCCCCAGAAAGGGUAACGUUUUCUUUGCCUUUCCUCAACACCGGCGUUGAUCUAUGUGGAUCAUUCUAUUAUCGGAAGAAUCGCAAGGCAGUUUCUACUAAGUGCUAUAUCGCCAUCUUCAUCUGCCUUGUCACCAAGGCCAUCCACGUAGAAUUGGUCAAUGACCUCUCAACGGCCGCUUUUCUCGCGGCAUUACAUCGAUUCAUCGGUCGCAGAGGAAAACCCGAGGCAAUCCACUGCGACAAUGCUCGAAACUUUAGAGGAGCUGCUCGAGAACUAGCAGAACUAGCCAAACAAUUCCACUCCCAACAACACCAGAAUGCGGUUGUGAACCAAACCGCCAACGACGGAAUUCGCUUCAAAUUCAUUCUGCCUUGCAGUCCGAACUUCGGAGGGCUGUGGGAGGCGGCGGUAAAGUCGUUUAAGCAGCAUUUCCGUUCGACCGUUGGCAAUUCCGUUCUGUCGCAAGAUGAGUUCGUCACGUGGUUGGUUCGUAUUGAAGCCUGUCUGAACUCCAGACCACUUACGCCGACCCAAACGAUCUGGACGUUUUGACUCCGGGUCACUUUUUAAUUCAUCGACCCUUGACGUCCUUCCCUGAGCCUGACCUUUCCGAAGUUCCUCGGAAUCGCCUCGAUCGUUGGCAAGAGAACCAGGAGAUCCUCCGACGAGUAUGGAAACGCUGGUCUACGGAUUAUUUAUCGGGCCUCCACCCACGCACCAAGUGGACUCAGGUCCGGAACAACGUCGAAGUGGGCACAAUGGUGCUCCUCAAGGAUAACAAUCUUCCUCCGCUUAAGUGGCGAUAUGGAAGAGUCACCCAAGUCAUUCGUGGAGCUGACGGCAACAUCAGGGUCGUCGACGUGAAGACAGCCGAUGGAGAGUUUCGACGGGCCAUAUCAAAAAUUUGCGUACUUCCGGUGCGCCCUGCGCAUAUCAUGGAGGUUUCAGAGGCCCUCUAGCAUUGACGUCUACCAUCGCGGUAUUGUCAUACUGCGCAACGAUCGGAGGCCUUUGGGCCUCCGAGCCCUGUAAGUAUUGUUUUUCAUUGAAAUUUCAAAAAACUAAGAAAUGUUUUGUACUCCAGCAUGUAUCCUGGAUCCAUCGACGGCGACUCUAUCCCGGUUCGAGUGCGCCCAACCCCGAUGUCUAACUGGUGUUCCACCGGUUGAGCAUACAAGGAAGGAUGACCCUAUCAGCAGCCGUCAAACCCAUAACCAAGCCUGGCGACCUGACUCGAGCCUUAACGAUGACGUUGACGUUCAGAAGAAGACUCAACUCAAACCAAGAGGAAAGUCGCCUGUUAGGAGAAGCAGCACAGUGAUAACCGUAGUAUUAGUGUGAGAAGUGAAUUGAUAUUCGAAAUAUGUAUACACGAUUGGUUGAAAGGUCUAACCUUUCAACGGGGGCCGGCAUAUGUUACCGCAAACCCUAUCAAUAACUCAUAUCAUUAGCAUAUAAGAUCAAUAGCAAUCGCAAUCAAUCUCCCACGAUUAUUACCAUAUUCCCAUCCUGAUCUCUAGCCUUCAGCUAAGGAGAAGAGAGAAGGUUCGCAGUAGCUCAAUACUCUCGAUUGCAAAUUAAUACCUACUCUGAAUUCCCAUAUAUUACCAUACACGAACCAGUUCAAGUUAGUUAAAAUAAAACUACCAAACUAUACACGUCUGUCGUGAUAUCUAUCGCAAUAACAAGAAGAGUGUCGAAUUAAACGAGAAUAAUCGGUAAUAAAAGUGUUCGUUUUUCUACCAAUCCUGCCGCGUUCAAGUGUGUUACGAACUCCGAAACCGCCAAAGUGCUCCGCGUGGACGUGACAUAGUGGACG